AUGGGGACACAUCUUCCCCAGGAAAUAUUGUAUUUGAUCGCGACUCAUCUGCAGGACGCAGAAGCCUCUCUGGUCCCCUGCACUCGAGUAUGCCGUGAAUGGCAGGUCGGCUUUGAGCCCUUCAUUUACUCCAAACUGAUUCACGUCUUCAGUGCCGAUGGUGUCAGCAAAGAGGGCUGUCGAAGGGCAAUGUCAUUGAGUCACUUUCAAGAGGUGACUUCUGGGAAGGGGCUGGCACGACGACCUCUGAUCCGUCAUUUGAGCUACCACAUUGUGGUCCCUGUUGACCUUCCGGAUUGGCAAACCCGCAAGCAGAAAGGAUACAACCUUGAGAACAAUGUCCGUCAUAAUAAUGAUAUUGCCUUUCAGUCAGCAAUAGUUGAUCUCUUCAAUACUCUCACACAUUGGGAUCCCAAUUUGCGCCUUUCAAUCGAGUUGGCGCUGCUGGGUCGCGAAGCGGGGAAGGAGCCUCACACAUCUGAUUGGGACAUCGCAGGCGAAUACCGCUAUGAUUAUAAGAAGGGAAGAACGAAGUCAGUUCCUGUCUAUCGGGCACAUUUCCUAGACAACGGGGCCUCCCUUCUUCCGGAUGUCGCGUGCAUCGAUCGUCUUUGCUUUAAUGACGAUUUCCCUUCUCAUCAGAUUUGGGCCGGAUCUGCCAUGCAAAUUGCUCAGCGCUGUAUAACCCUUACCGAGAUGAUACUGGGCCUAGAUGAGUAUAUUCGCCCAGAUCACAUUGAAUACAUUCAAGCAAGGCGUCAAGCUGUGGCUGAUGGUCUUUUGACGAUGCCACAUAGCUUGAGGGUAUUUAGGCUCCUUAACGAGAUGGAGAGCCCUUGGAAGCAAAUGAUGGCCGGAUUGAAUGUUCUACUUUCAGAUAACGACUUUCUUUCUCAGAACAUUCUGUAUUUGAGUCUAUCACUCAGAGAAUUAAAGAUCAACCAGCUAUCGCUCACACCAGAUUUUCUGUUCCCUUUAGAUACAGAGAGCCAUCCCUUGCCGACUACUCAAUCUCUCUACUGGCCUUCAUUGGAAGUGGUGGAGCUGAUUGGGGUACCCCCAAGGCUUCCAUCAGGCCAGUGGGUUGCUCAUCCAACACCCGAGGACCAAAUCGAAAUCGACGAAGUCGAAGACUGGGAGAUGAUUAUCUGUGACUACGAAGAAGGCAAUGUUUCGCGGCCGAUUUUCGAUCGCGAACAUUUCCACCGAACUCUCAUUUCCCUAGGCCAUGCGGCUCGUCAUAUGCCAUUUUUGAGGUACAUGCAAUAUCGUCUCGCACAUACCCCUAACUUCCGAUUUGAAUUUAAGCCCCAUGGCUCGUCUGGGAAGGCAGAGUGGCUGCUUUAUUCCCUCUAUCGACCGGAUCAACGGGUAGCGGAUGCGUGGAAAUGUCCAUUGGUGCAGCUAGAUGCGAAGUUGCCUGCAAUGUCGAUCAGGACGAUUAUUGCGGACUGGGGUCAACAUAUAGCCGGAUCUCAGGGGAACGUGAAAAACUGA